AUGGUUGCCUACUACAAUAUCAUGGGCCAAAAGGUUGGCUCCCAUGUGGUACGUACAGCCCUCGCAUUCGCCGCCAGGACCCCUCGAGAGUCAAUGGCUCUGCGACGGAAUGCAUGCGACUGAACACUCAAAUGCUGACUGCGAGAUAUUUCAGCUCUCCAUCGCGACCCUCUCGACCAUGUUCGUCGGCGGGUGGGCCCUGAGCGGUGGUAGCAAGAAGCAGCAGGCUCAGCAGGGCCCACCGAUCAAUGCUUCGAGCAAAGAUGAGGAGAACUUCAUACAGUAUGUCCUACAGGAUGAACGAGCGAGCGAUGUCCGUCAGGAUCUGGACUGA